GGAACUGACUAGAGGAACGGAAAAUGGCGGACCUCGAAGACGUUACGCUGGACGGGAGACCGCUCCAGUCCCUUCGAGUAGCGGACUUAAAAGCCGCUCUGGAGGAGAGGGGACUGUCGAAAAGCGGACAGAAGAAUACUCUCAUUAAACGGCUCAAGGGGGCUCUCAUGCUGGAGAAUUUGCAGAGGACCUCCACUCCUCAUAUUGGAUUGCAGCCAAACUCUCACAUUGGUGAGGAAAUGAGCCAGAACAGCUUUAUCAAGCAGUAUCUGGCUAAGCAACAGGAGCUCCUGAGGCAGCGUCUGGAAAGAGAGGCACGCGAAGCAUAUGAAACAAAUGAUCAAGAUGACCAUGCAGAAGUUAACAACAGUACAUCGUGUCCUCCUCCAGCCCAGGAUGCCACACCAGCAUUGGCUGAGCAGCACAAACCGCCCGGUCCCUCUGGUGGAGACGGCUUGUUUGGUGCUGUGAAUGAGGGACAAGGUAACAGGAACCAGGAGGCUGACAUGUCCAAUCCACCUCCUUCUGGCUCUGUGGCCAUGCGCGUUCCUGGCGUUGAGCACCGGCCAGAGAGAGGGUCUGCAUCCAGCGAAGUCGCAGGUGACAGUGAUGAUGACGAUAGCGAGGAUGGCGAUGAGGAUGGCGACGAUGAUGACUGGGACAACAGUGCUCGAAGAAGAAACCUCAGAGAGCCAGCUAGAAUGCCCACAGCAAGAGAAAGGUCUGGAGCAUCCUGUCAACCUCAGCAGCAACAUAUCCCUUCCCUUUUGUCUCCUCAACUUCGCCAACCAACACCACCUCCUUCCCCACCUCCAGAGCUAUCAUUCCCAUUGCCUGAUACCCCUAAACAGAGCCCACCUAGUCCAGAUGUUGCCCCAGCUAGGGGCUCACCCAGUACUUCCAGCUCUGGUUCCUCCAGCAGCGACAGCCGCAGUAGCAGUCCCGAGCCGCAGAGGAGUGGACAUGCCGAGCGAAAGCCCGGACCCCUGACCCUUCUGGCUCGUAAAAUGGAGUCAGAAGGUGCUUUCUCUGGAGCAAGUUGGCAUGGUGCAGAUGGGGAAGGCGAUAGGCAGGACAGCAGUUCACCUUCAGCCGCAGCGUUUCCUGGCAGAGGGCCUCCAGAGGGUCUGGUAUCUGCCAUCGCCCACACAGCCAAAACUGCAGGCCAUGUACCAUUUCCCAUGAUUCCAGGCACUAACCAGGGUGUCACAGGAGCAUAUCUGGCCCAUAUUCAAGCACCCGUGAGUGUACUCAAGGCCACUGCAGUAGAAGAGAGGGACAGAGAGAUGGAGUUAGAGAUAGAAAGAGAAAAGGCACUUGAGCUGGAAAGGCAAGAGAAGCUGAGAAAACUUGAGCAAGAGCGAGCAAUGGAGGAAGAGCGGCAAAGAGCGCUGGCUCUGGAGAGAGAGAGAGAAGAAAGAGAGAGGGCUCUGGAAAGAGAGAGAUUUGAGCGACAGCAGGCCUUAGAAAGAGAAGAAAGAGAGAAGGCUUUGCAGCGGGAGCGGGAACUUGCUCUAGAACGAGAGAGGCAGGAAAGGGAACAAGCUUUGGCUAAAGAGAGGGAAGAGCGAGAGCAAGCUUUAGCACGAGAGAGGGCCUUGGAGCUGGAGAGGCAGAGGGCCCUGGAGCAAGAACGCCUGCAGAGAGAAAAAGAGGAGAGGGAAAAGAGAGAGAGAGAAGAAAGGGAGAGAGCGAUGGAGCUGGAAAGAGCCAAGGCCUUGGAACGAGAACGGGAAGAGAGAGAACGGGCUCUGGAGCAAGAGAGGAUAGAGAGGGAAAGAGCUCUAGAGGCUGAGAGAAAAGAGAGGGAAAGGAUAGAGAGAGAGAAAGUUCUGGAGCAAGAACGGUUGGAAAAGGAAAGGUUAGAGAGGGAGAAGGCAGAGCAAGAGAGAAUAGAGAGGGAGAAAGCCUUGGAACGGGAGAGAAUAGAAAGAGAGAGGGCUUUGGAGCAAGAGAGAAUAGAGAGAGAGAAAGCCUUAGAACGAGAGAGAAUAGAAAGAGAGAAAGCUCUAGAGCAAGAAAGACUGGAGAGGGAGAAAGCUCUGGAGAAAGAAAGAUUAGAGAGAGAGAAAGCCCUUGAGAAAGAGAGAUUGGAGCAAGAGAGGAGGGAGAAAGAAAGAUUGGAGCAAGAGAGGAUGGAGAAAGAAAGGUUGGAGCAAGAGAGGAUGGAGAAAGAAAGGUUGGAGCAAGAGAGGAGGGAGAAAGAAAAGAUUGAAAGAGAAAGAGCACUGGAACAAGAGAGGAUAGAGAGGGAAAAGGCCUUGGAACGAGAAAGGGAAGAAAAAGAGAAGGCGGAGAGAGAAGCAGCUCUGGAACGGGAGAGGAUGGAGAAGGAAAGAGCUGAGAAGGAGAGGAAAGAGAGGCUGGAGAGGGAGAAAGCUCUAGAGCAGGAGAAACUUGAAAGGGCGAGGGCCUUGGAGAAGGAAAAAAAGGAGAAGGAGAGAGCUUUGGAGCAAGAGAAGGCAAUGACUCUUGAGCGUGAGAGGUUAGAGAAGGAGAAGGCCAUGCAAAAAGAAAGGGAGGAGCAGGAGAGGGCACAGGAACAGGAGAAAGAGAGAGCGAGGAUGGCUGAAAGGGAGAGGGAGAGUCACCUCCCUCCUACCAAACGUGGCCGUGAGGUUGGUCUCACCCCUCUGCCCACUCCUCCUCCCCUCUCCACAGGACCAGCUACAAAGACAUCAACAGAGACAGGAGAGCAGGAAGAUGCUCCAGUGUCCCGGAGUGAAGCCCAGGCAGCAGAGUCUGGUGCACCCAUGUCACCUACACCUCUGUCACCACACACCUCAUUCAAGAAGUUUCGCUUCUUCAGGGACUCCUCACUUCAGCCCCAAACCUCAUCCACUUCCAUGGUUAUUAAGCGACCCCGUACAUUCUCUGAUAGCCCCCAGCCUCGAGUCUCACCUGUCUCUUCACCCACCAGUGUUGGAGAACGACCACUGGAAGAACACCAGCCCUCCACUGAACAAGAAGAUCAGCAGAUACACACAAACCGAGAGGUUGCUGCAGGGCCACCUGGAUCUGCGAGGACUCCGUCUGAGAAGCAGACCGCUGUUAGUACUGCACUGGGCCAGAGUCCCAAAAAAGAACGGGCCACAAGGCUUGUAUUGGAGGAGAAAGAACAAGCAGCUUCAGCUAAGACUGAACAGGCUGCCAAGGACUCCAUCAAAAAAGCUAAAGAAGUAGAUGAAAUCAAGAGUUCUUCAAGCUCAGUGGAUGCUAAAGAGCGGAGGGGAAGAGAUGCAGAGAAGGAGGAGAAACGAACAAGACAAAGAUCAUCAUCUAAUGAUUCCUCUUCCUCAGAAUCAGACUCUGGGUCCUCAUCAUCUCAGUCCUCUGGCUCAUCCACAUCCUCUCAAGAGAAAACCCGCUCCACCUCCAGAGGUAGACAGGAAGGGAAACCUGAAAGAGAUUCACCAGUAAAGGCUCAGGCUCAAGGUUUAAAGGAAACCCCAGAAGCCUCCCCUUGCAAAAGAGAGACGUCUACCGAGAAGAAUAACACAACUGCUGACAGUCGAUCCAAGAAACUAUUCACUGAAGCCCCAACCACAGGAGAGACACAUAGGAAGAGAAAGGACAGCGAGGAAGCAGAGAUAAAGGACAAAGAAAGGCAGGUGAAGGAUACUGCCAUGGCAGAUCCAGAGAAGCUGCCAGAGACCAGCGAGGAGACACCAAAGGCCUUCUCAGCUCGUAAGAUCUCUCUUAGCAGCAGUAAAUCGUCCCCAGGUGCUGGCAGCGCAGAGGGUGACCAGGAGUCUGCGGCUGUGGCCGGUCGCAAGAGGAGGUGGGGCUCUAGCACUGCUGUCACUGCCAAGAAACCUUCCAUCAGCAUCACAACUGAUUCACUAAAGUCUCUGAUCCCAGACAUCAAGCCGUGUCUCGGCCAGGAGGCAGUAGUGGACCUGCAUCCAGAGGAAACUGUUCUCUCUGGAGCUGAGGACGAAGACAGGGAGCGCUCUGACCAGGACCUUCAAAUUCGACGCACUGUCACACAGGUGGUGCCUUUGGAAAACCAGGAGAAUGGACAGAAAGAGGCAAAGAGGAGCAGACAUGAGGAGUUGGAGGAAGAAGAUCUACGGGGAGACAGAGAAAGGACAAAGGCCCACGAAGAGCCCAUGGACUCCUCCAUUUCUGGAGCUGUGGAAACCCAGUCACCAACACAUAUCAGCCAUGAUGUAGAAAUAAACACUGUGACCCCCAGCGACACCCUCAUACGUCGCUCCAUCAGCCAGCAGAAAACAGGUGUUUCCAUCACCAUUGAUGACCCUGUUCGCACGGCCCGGCAGCCCUCACCACCUCGCGGCAAAGUGUCUGCUAUUGUUCACGUCUGCAACCUGGUGAGGCCGUUCACUCUGGGGCAGCUGAAGGAACUGCUCAGCAGAACCGGCACCUUGGUGGAAGAAGGCUUCUGGAUCGACAAAAUCAAAUCCCACUGCUACGUCACUUACUCUAGUAUAGAGGAGGCAGUCGCAACACGGGCAGCUCUUCACGGAGUGAAAUGGCCUCAGAGCAACCCAAAAGUCCUCAGCGUUGACUUCUGCCAGCAGGAUGAGUUGGACUUCCAUAAAGGCUUGGGUGCCGCUGACAGACCCGGAGCAGAAGAUCAAGGGCCUGGCUCCGGCCGUGGUCGAACCCUGGGCCUGCCCUCUCUCCUCCCAGAGCGAGACCAGUGGGCGGAACGCGAGCGUGAGAUGGAGCGCAGGGAGCGGGCCCGAGCAGAGCGGGAGUGGGAUCGCGACAAGGUCAGAGAGUUUGGGAAACCUGGCGAGGAGAAGGAAGGAGGUCCCCGAAGGUCGCGUUCCAGAGAGAGACGACGUAAAGAGAGGGGAAAGAGCAAGGAGAAGAAAACAGAGAAGAAGGAGAAAGCAGCUGAGGAUCCCCCUGCAAAGCUGCUUGAUGACUUGUUCCGCAAAACUAAAGCAGCUCCUUGCAUCUACUGGCUUCCACUCACAGAGGAACAGUUCCUUCAGAGGGAAGCAGCCAGAGCAGAGCGGAUGAAAGAGCGUGAGAAACGGAGGAAGGAGCAAGAAGAGGAGGAGGAGCGCAAGGAGAGGAUGAAGGCUGCAGGUGGCACAACGGGCGACCGGAGUGAGGGCGAAAAGGACAAGGACAGAGACAGAGAGAGGGACAGAGACCGAGGUAGAGACAGACACAGAGACAGGGAGAGGGAAAGAGAGAGGGAGAGGGAGAACGACAAACGCAGGGAUGGCUACCGUAGGCCAGGGGGCAGCGGGGCAGGCGGCGGCCGGCGCUCACGCAGUCGCAGUGAACCACGAGAAAGACGGCGCUAAUGGUCAGUCAGCCGAUGGAACUGUUCUAGUGACCACCCUCUUUCAUUUGCCUUUCACUACAUGUACUUUGUUACAACUACGACCCAACAGAGGACCAACUGAUGUCGUUGCCAUCUCUCAAAAUUUGUCACCUUUUUUAAAGCACAUCUACGCCUACACACAGUCAUGCUUAAAGGGGACCAUGAUUUUUUGCAGUGUUGUUUCUCAGAGUGCUGUACGUCUCGCUUCUGUCAAGGUUUGAUAUAGUUUUCUUUAUGUUUGCCUCUCUCUCUUGUUUUUCUUGGGUUUUUUGUCUUGACAGCAUAGCAGUAUGGCACGCUGGGUAAUUUUAAUUAUUUACCUCAACGUUCCCCAUUCGCCCCAAAGUGUAGGUGCCAAUUAUGGUUUGCAAUCAACUGUCGUCACCUCGGUGUUUAACAGCUCUCCAAUUUGGAUGAGGGAUCCUUUUGUUGCUGCAUGUAGUACAAGGCUACUCUUGCCAGUCCUGCCUAAAGAGAAAACUCGGUCCUCUGUGUGGAGGCUUGCAAAAAUCUCAAAAUAUCAGAAUCUAUGUGUUUGGCGUUUUGUACAGACAUGUAAGAUUACUAAGAAUAAUUAAGUCUUUAAAUGAGGCAGCUCUGGGGUAUUUUUCAACAAGCGUGGAAUAAAUACUAAGGCAGUGCAGUGUUCCUCUCCCUCUGUUAAGAGACGGGAUGAUUCUCUGAGAGAGAACCCGUCACACCUGACACAAGUUAUGAUUAUGUCUAUUGAUUCUCUUCUUCCUCCCUGUCCUCCUCUUCCUCCUGUUCUCUUACCCUGUAGUGUCAAUACAGGCCCAAGAGGGGAGGUUGCAUUAUGAGUUUUCUCACCAAUGGUUUUAAUAUUGUUUUUUAAUCGUUAUUUUAUCAUUUUAGUACAAAGAUUUGUUUUUGUUUUUUAAUUUCUUCUUUGAGUACGCCUAUCAGUGGUGAAUGUACAAAUAAUAAAAUUGAAGUUUGAAA